UGCGUAGGACCAGCCUCGCAGGGGGAAGGGAGGGCAGGAGGCUGUCCCGGGCCCAGGUGAAUGGAGGAACCUGACAGCUGGGGGGAGUGAGGCGGCGGCGGCGGGGAAAUGGCGGCGGGAGCAGCACAAUGAGACGCGGCCUGUAGUCUGGAAGCUCUGGGCUGGGUCCAGUCCGGCAGGUUACCUAGGGUGAAACAAAAUUACAGGCUUGGAAACUCUGGAAAAGCUCUGUAGCAGCAUUAGAGAGCAGAAGCUUGCAAAUGAUGCAAUUAAUGUACAAACUGAUAUCAUGAUGUCAAAAUGCAGUUCAAAGAACACAAACACAGAUCUAAGAAAUUAAAACGCAGGUCAGGAAGAAUCCGUCAGGAACUCCAGCUGUUGACAAUACUACAUGGGUUAUAGAGGAAGCUCUUCAGAGGCAGUUGACUGAGAAGAAGGAACGGAGAGGGUGUGUGGCAGGCAGCACCCCAUGUACCAGCACAUGAGUACGCGGCUCCAGAGGGCACUAGAGCCAGCCUGACGGAUACCACCGAGGGAAAAAAUCUCCGGCAACGGUGCACACCCCUAACAUGGAAUGUGAGCAACACAUCUUGAAGAACAACAGUUACGGAAGUAAGCUGUGCUGGAACAAAAAUGCAAUGAAAGAAACACUGGAUGAAUGAAUGAAUGAAAAGCCCUGCUUUGCAAUCCCUCAGCAUGGCAGGACUGCAGCUUAUGACCCCUGCUUCCUCACCAAUGGGUCCUUUUUUUGGACUGCCAUGGCAACAAGAAGCAAUUCAUGAUAACAUUUACACGCCAAGAAAAUAUCAGGUUGAACUGCUUGAAGCAGCUUUGGAUCAUAAUACGAUAGUCUGUUUAAACACUGGCUCAGGGAAGACUUUUAUUGCAGUACUACUUGCUAAAGAGCUGUCCUAUCAGAUCAGGGGAGACUUCAACAAAAAUGGAAAGAGAACAGUUUUCUUGGUCAACUCAGCAAAUCAAGUUGCUCAGCAAGUGUCAGCUGUCAGGACCCAUUCAGAUCUGAAGGUGGGGGAGUAUUCAGUUUUAGAAAUAAUUGAAUCAUGGACAAAGGAGAAGUGGAAUCAAGAAUUUGCUAAACAUGAGGUUCUGGUUAUGACAUGUCAUGUCAUUUUGAAUGUUUUAAAAAAUGAAUACUUAUCCCUGUCAAACAUUAAUCUUCUGGUGUUUGAUGAGUGCCAUCUUGCAAUCCAGGACCAUCCGUAUCAAGAAAUUAUGAAGAUCUGUGAGAACUGUCCAUCCUGUCCUCGAAUCCUGGGAUUAACAGCUUCCAUUUUAAAUGGGAAAUGCGAUCCUGCUGAGUUAGAGGAGAAGAUUCAGAAACUGGAGAAAAUCCUAAAGAGCAAUGCUGAAACUGCAACUGAUUUGGUGGUCUUAGAUAGAUAUACUUCUCAGCCAUGUGAGAUUGUGGUAGAUUGUGGACCAUAUACCGACAAAAGCGGGCUGUAUGAAAGAUUGUUAAAAGAAUUGGAUGAAGCACUUAACUUUCUAAAUGACUGCAACAUAUCUGUACAUUCAAAAGAAAGAGACUCUACGUUAAUUUCUAAACAGAUACUGUCAGACUGUCGAGCUGUGUUGGUUGUUCUGGGACCCUGGUGUGCAGAUAAGGUAGCUGGAAUGAUGGUGAGAGAGCUACAGAAGUACAUCAAACAUGAGCAAGAGGAGCUGCACAGGAAAUUUUUAUUGUUUACAGACACUUUCCUAAGGAAAAUACAUGCACUGUGUGAAGAGCACUUCUCACCUGCCUCACUUGAUCUGAAAUUUGUAACCCCGAAAGUAAUAAAACUGCUUGAAAUCUUGCGCAAAUAUAAACCAUAUGAGCGGCAGCAGUUUGAAAGUGUUGAGUGGUAUAAUAAUAGGAAUCAGGAUAAUUAUGUGUCUUGGAGUGAUUCUGAAGAUGAUGAUGAGGAUGAAGAAAUUGAGGAGAAAGAGAAGCCAGAGACAAAUUUCCCUUCUCCCUUUACUAAUAUUUUAUGUGGAAUUAUUUUUGUGGAAAGGAGAUACACAGCAGUCGUCCUAAACAGGUUGAUAAAGGAAGCUGGAAAACAGGAUCCAGAACUGGCUUACAUCAGUAGCAAUUUUAUAACUGGACAUGGCAUUGGAAAGAAUCAGCCUCGUAACAAACAGAUGGAAGUGGAAUUCAGAAAACAAGAAGAGGUACUUAGAAAAUUUCGAGCACAUGAGACCAACUUACUUAUUGCUACUAGUAUUGUUGAAGAGGGUGUUGACAUACCAAAAUGCAAUUUGGUGGUUCGUUUUGAUUUGCCCACAGAAUACCGUUCCUAUGUGCAGUCCAAAGGAAGAGCCAGGGCACCAAUCUCAAAUUACAUCAUGUUAGCAGACACAGACAAAAUCAAAAGUUUUGAAGAAGAUCUUAAAACCUACAAAGCAAUUGAGAAGAUCCUCAGAAACAAAUGCUCAAAGUCUGUUGAUACUAGUGAAACUGAAACCGAAUCCAUCGUGGAUGAUGAUGAUAUCUUUCCACCCUAUGUGUUGAGGCCAGAUGAUAGCAGUCCAAGAGUUACAAUUAACACUGCGAUUGGACACAUCAAUAGGUACUGCGCAAGAUUACCAAGCGAUCCAUUUACUCAUCUGGCUCCUAAGUGUAAAACCCGAGAACUGCCUGAUACUACAUUUUAUUCAACUCUCUACCUGCCAAUCAACUCACCUCUUCGAGCCUCUAUUGUUGGUCCUCCAAUGAGUUGUGCAAGACUGGCUGAGAGAGUGGUAGCUCUUAUUUGCUGUGAAAAGCUUCACAAAAUUGGUGAACUGGAUGACCACUUGAUGCCGGUUGGAAAAGAAACGGUUAAGUAUGAGGAGGAGCUUGAUUUACAUGAUGAAGAAGAAACCAAUGUUCCAGGAAGACCAGGAUCUACAAAACGAAGGCAGUGCUACCCUAAAGCUAUUCCAGAAUGUUUGAGAGAUAGUUACCCCAAACCUGAUCAUCCCUGUUAUCUGUAUGUAAUAGGAAUGGUGUUAACUACCCCUUUGCCUGACGAGCUCAACUUUAGGAGGCGAAAGCUGUAUCCUCCUGAGGAUACAACAAGAUGCUUUGGAAUACUGACAGCCAAACCUAUACCUCAGAUUCCUCACUUUCCUGUGUACACACGUUCUGGAGAGGUUACUAUAUCUAUUGAGCUAAAGAAGUCUGGUUUUAUGUUGUCUUUACAAAUGCUUGAGCUGAUCACAAGACUUCACCAGUACAUUUUCUCACACAUUCUUCGGCUUGAGAAACCUGCACUAGAGUUCAGACCUACAGAAGCUGAUUCAGCCUAUUGUGUUCUACCUCUUAAUGUUGUUGAUGACUCCAGCACUUUGGACAUUGACUUUAAGUUUAUGGAAGAUAUUGAAAAAUCUGAAGCACGUACAGGCAUUCCCAGUACAAAGUACACAAAAGAAACUCCAUUUAUUUUCAAAUUAGAAGAUUACCAGGAUGCAGUUAUCAUUCCAAGGUAUCGAAAUUUUGAUCAGCCUCAUCGAUUCUAUGUAGCUGAUGUAUACACUGAUCUUACUCCACUGAGUAAAUUUCCUUCCCCUGAAUAUGAAACUUUUGCUGAAUAUUAUAAAACAAAGUAUAAUCUUGACCUGACCAAUCUCAACCAGCCACUGCUGGAUGUGGACCACACAUCUUCAAGACUUAAUCUUUUGACUCCUCGCCAUUUGAAUCAGAAGGGGAAAGCUCUUCCACUAAGCAGUGCUGAGAAGAGGAAAGCUAAGUGGGAAAGUCUGCAAAAUAAGCAGAUAUUGGUUCCGGAACUCUGUGCUAUACAUCCUAUUCCAGCAUCGCUGUGGAGAAAAGCAGUUUGUCUCCCUAGCAUACUUUAUCGUCUGCACUGCCUGUUGACAGCUGAGGAACUGAGAGCCCAAACAGCCACUGAUGCUGGUGUAGGGGUUAAAUCACUUCCUGCAGACUUCAGAUAUCCUAACCUGGACUUCGGGUGGAAAAAGUCCAUUGACAGCAAAUCCUUCAUCUCUAUUCCUAGCUCCACUUUAGCAGAGAAUGAAAAUUACUGUAAGCACAGCACAAUUGUAGUCCCUGAAAAUGCUGCACAUCAAGGUGCUACAAGAGCCUCCUCUGCAGAAAAUCAUGACCAAAUGUCUGUGAACUACAUAACAUUGCUCAAUGAGUCACCCAGUAAACUCCAAAUUGAUGUAUCGGUAGAACUUGCAGCAAUUAAUGGUGUUUCUUAUAAUAAAAAUCUUGCCAAUGGCAAUUGUGAUUUAGUUAACAGAGACUUUUGCCAAGGAAAUCAACUGAAUUACUGCAGGCAGGAAAUACCUGUACAACCAACUACCUCAUAUCCCAUUCAGAAUUUAUACAACAGUGAGAACCAGCCCAAGCCCAGCAAUGAAUGUACUCUACUGAGUAAUAAAUACCGUGAUGGAAAUGUUAACAGAUCUACCUCAGAUGGAAGCCCCAAAAUGGCAGUGACCACCAGUACUUCAGAAGCUCUUAAUUUUUCAACAGACAGAAUGGAUUCUGAAAAGAACUGUUCUAGUGGAUACUCCUCAAAAACUCUUGGCCCAAACCCUGGUCUCAUUCUUCAGGCUUUGACGCUUUCAAAUGCUAGUGAUGGAUUUAAUCUAGAGCGGCUCGAAAUGCUUGGUGAUUCAUUUUUAAAGCAUGCCAUCACUACAUAUUUGUUUUGCACUUACCCAGAUGCUCAUGAGGGACGCCUGUCAUAUAUGAGAAGUAAAAAAGUCAGCAAUUGUAACUUGUAUCGUCUUGGGAAGAAGAAAGGGCUGCCUAGUCGUAUGGUGGUAUCUAUUUUUGAUCCACCCGUCAAUUGGCUCCCUCCUGGUUACAUAGUAAACCAAGACAAGAGUAACGCAGACAAAUGGGAGAAAGAUGAAAUGACAAAAGAAAGCUUGUUAGCUAAUGGUAAACUUGAUGACGAUUAUGAUGAUGAGGAGGAUGAAGACCUAAUGUGGAGGUUACCCAAGGAAGAAGCUGACCUUGAAGAUGAUUUUUUGGAAUAUGAUCAGGAACAUAUCAAAUUCAUUGAUAAUAUGUUAAUGGGAUCUGGGGCUUUUGUGAAGAAAAUUUCUCUCUCACCCUUUUCAACCACUGAUUCCAGCUAUGAAUGGAAAGCACCCAAAAAAUCAUCCCUGGGUAACAUUCAAUUUUCUUCAGAUUUUGAUGAUUUUGACUACAGUUCUUGGGAUGCUAUGUGCUAUCUGGAUCCUAGCAAGGCUGUCGAAGAAGAUGAUUUUGUAGUAGGCUUCUGGAAUCCGUCAGAAGAAAACUGUGGUGUUGACACAGGGAAACAGUCAAUCUCGUAUGACUUGCAUACGGAGCAGUGUAUUGCCGACAAAAGCAUUGCAGAUUGUGUGGAAGCCUUGCUGGGUUGCUAUCUGACCAGCUGUGGUGAAAGAGCUGCUCAGCUUUUCCUGUGUUCAUUAGGGCUGAAGGUGCUCCCAGUAAUGAAAAAAACUGAGUGGAACAGCACUUCGUGUUCUAGCAGGGAGAAUUUUAACAGUCAACAGAAAAAUCUUUCACCAAACUGUGCUUCUGCCUCUGUAGCCAAUUCAGAGUGUUCUCUGUGUAAAGAAAUGGAGUAUGGCUGUUUGAAGAUUCCACCAAGGUGUAUGUUUGAUCACCCAGAUGCUGAAAAAACCCUGAAUCACCUGAUAUCUGGUUUUGAAAAUUUUGAGAAGAAAAUUAACUACAGUUUUAAGAAUAAGGCUUAUCUUCUUCAGGCAUUUACUCAUGCCUCCUACCAUUACAAUACCAUUACUGAUUGUUACCAGCGCUUGGAAUUCCUGGGAGAUGCAAUUUUGGACUACCUCAUAACCAAGCACCUUUAUGAAGACCCACGGCAGCACUCUCCAGGAGUUCUAACUGACCUACGAUCCGCUCUAGUCAAUAAUACCAUCUUUGCAUCAUUAGCUGUAAAGUAUGACUACCACAAGUACUUCAAAGCUGUCUCUCCUGAGCUGUUCCAUGUUAUUGAUGACUUUGUACAGUUUCAGAUGGAAAAGAAUGAAAUGCAAGGAAUGGAUUCUGAGCUCAGAAGAUCUGAAGAGGAUGAAGAGAAGGAAGAAGAUAUUGAAGUACCAAAGGCCAUGGGAGAUAUAUUUGAGUCAUUGGCUGGUGCCAUUUAUAUGGAUAGUGGGAUGUCUUUGGAAAUGGUUUGGCAUGUGUACUAUCCUAUGAUGAGGCCAUUAAUAGAAAAGUUUUCUGCAAAUGUGCCUCGUUCCCCAGUGCGGGAGCUGCUGGAGAUGGAACCAGAGACAGCCAAGUUUAGUCCUGCAGAAAGAACUUACGACGGAAAGGUCAGAGUAACUGUGGAAGUUGUAGGGAAAGGAAAGUUUAAAGGUGUUGGCAGAAGCUAUAGGAUUGCCAAAUCUGCAGCUGCAAGAAGAGCACUACGAAGCCUCAAAGCAAACCAACCUCAGGUCCCAAACAGCUGAGACGCCUCUUAAAAAAAAAAAAAAAACAUUAAAAAAAAAAUUUAAAAUCCCACAUUUUUUUUUUUUUAAAGUUAAUGUUGAGAGGAACAAAUUGAAGACAGAAUUUAACGUUUGUUUGAUAACAGAAUAGCUAACAAAACAUUUAACAUGUAAAAUUUUGGAACUAAUUGUAGGUAUAGGUUUUUGCGCAAACACAAUCUUGUCUUCUUUCCUCACUUCUGCUUUGUUUAAUCACAAGAGUGCUUUAAUGAUGACAUUUAGUUAGUGUUCAAAGAAUUGUUGUCAGGUUUUUUUGGUUUAUUUUUAUUGUCAGUACAGCUUUGCUUAGUGUUAGAAGGACAGGGAUCUUAUGCCUAAUGCAGAUGCUUGAUUUAUACAUAGUAAUCUUGAAACUCCUCAAUCUGUGCACUAGUGCCAGUCAUGAAGCAGUUUAUAAACUGUACCGGAUGAUUUGGUAUAAGAGAGAAUAGGUGUGCCAGUAUUGUCGUCCCUUCACCCACCCCCAUCCCCACCUCCCAUGUCAUCUUUGCAUCAAGAUGGCAUUCUCAGUCAUUAUUGCACUUAUUUGUUAGGGACAGGUUUUUCUUUGAAAUGGCUGGCAUACUGGCAGAAAUAAAUUUCAACUUCCUGAUGCCACAUAGUCUUGCAUAAAAAGGUUCUUGCCUUAAAAGUAAAUAAACCCUCAUUAAUAAUCUUUAAUUUCUGAUCUUUUUGGAACAAACUUGUUUUACAUUCCCUUCAUUUUUAUUAUGCAUUUUAUGAUGAUACAACUCUAUUUACAGUACAACACAUUAGUGUAGCUGUGACUUAACUUAUUAGGGUUAUAAUAGAAAUUGUAUUCAUAUAUGUGUAAUGAGGUUAUUUUUAACAAUUCAGAGGAGGUGGUUCGUCUACAGAUUUUUUUUUUUUUUUUAAAUACUACAAAUAAAAAAUGGUCUUUGGCUAAAAUUCCAAUUUUACACAAACCUGCAAACUAGAUAGUUCCAAGACUUGGAAACAAAUAGUAAUGAAAAAUUGCACAGUUCAGGCUGUUGCGCUAACAAAAUAACCUUAGACAUAUCACACCUAAAAUAUGCUGCAGAUUUUAUAAUCAGUUGGUUACUUAUUUAACAAAUGGAGCACCUUUACACUUAGAAAUAUUUCCACAUAAAUUUCUUACUGUGCUUUUCACAGAGUUGCAUGCAUAUUUCACUUACCAAAGCUGUGCUGUUAAAUGCCAUGAAAGCUGAUGUUUGAGAUAAACUGCCGUACUUUUGAUAAAUCUGUGAUUUAGGUCCUUAAUUUGGAGAAACUAGUUCAUUGUAGUUUGUUUAUUGGAAAAAAAUCAUACAUUUUUAGGCUUUGCCUAAAUCCUACAUGUUUCUUUAAUUAGAUUUUUGUAGGCACUCUUCACUUAAAUACCUCAGUUCUGUUCUGUUCUUUUCUUUUUUGCAUGCAUUGUUUUUUUGUUUUGUUUUUGUUUUGGUGCUAUGUUUAUAUAUUAUGCUUGAAAUUUUAAUUUUUUGCACUGUAACUAUAAUACCUCUUAAUUUACCUUUUUUUUAAAAGCUGUGGGUCAGUCUUGCACUCCCACCAAUAUCAGCAGAGAUUUGCUGCAAUUUUGCCCUGUUAAUUAUGCUUGAAGUUUGAGAAAGCUGAGCAAGGCGUUUUAAUGAUUUCCAGCACAUUGGUCUGAACUUGGUGCUGUUUUAUGUGUUAAAAUUACAAAUAAAUACUGUAUUUCCUGCUUUGAAAACCCCACUCCCUUCCAUACACUUUCACUAAACAAACAACAACAAAAAACCAAACCCUGUCAGCUCUAGCUUUCUAGAAAAUAGAAAACAAAAGCCCUAGUGCAGGGGAUGGACAUUAAGCUUCUCUGAAAUACAGAAUUUUGUAAUUAGAUUUUCUAUCUAAAGUUUUUUUAAUAUUAAAAUUAUAAUAAUUCUUACAAAAAUCUGGAAACAAAUUCCUGGUAUUGAUAGUAUAAUAAUACAAGUGCUAUGUUUUUAAAACAAAAUAACAUUACUAUUUUUGUUCUUCAAUCAUUAUGAGAGCAAAAGAGUAUCAUGGGACGUUUAAAACCUGCAAGUCUUAAAAUAUAUUUAAAUUAAACUUGUUUUAUACAAAAGAAAAAAAAACUUUGUAUGAGUAAAUUGGUAUGAACCGCCACACAAUUAAAAAUUUAUUGAUAACCAUUUCUUUCAGCCAGGAGUCAGGAUUUUACAGCACACCAACGGAAAGUGCAUUAUCACUAAUGUGAAAAUUCCAUGGCACCUGGCCCAAGGGUCAAUUUUUAAGAUAAGUCAUACCAUCCCUAAGGCUUAAAAAGAAUAAAAGUUAAUUAUAUUACAAUGAAUAGUAUAAAGUAAAAAUGGUGGGGUCAUCUGCGAACACUUUAAGAAAUAGGUUUCUUUCUUGGACAUCUGAAGGUCAUCGUUUCUU